AUGGCGGCUGCCAAAGAUGCCUCGCAGGCAGCGGCGGACGGAGUGGUGUCGUCGCAGCGCCUCGCCGACGCCGCGCGCUGGGAGGCGGUCGCUGCGAGCGUGGGGACGCUGCCGGGCCUGCAGGGCGCCGGCGAGGCGGCCGCGGCAGCGCUGCUGGCGGGCGCGGGGUCUCUGGGAGCGGUCGCGGCGGCGGGUGUGGAUGACCUGCUUCUGUUGUGUGUGGAGCUGCAGCAAAAGGUGAAAGACUGCCAGCUGCGCCUGGACCGCGAGGCCGCGUGCAACUUUGAGGCAAAACUGGAGCUCGAAAUGCUGAAGGCCAUCUGGUACUCCCGCGGCGCCGUCGAGGGCCUGCUCGCCGCCGGUGGCGGCGACGCCGGCGCCGGCGCGGGCGCGGGCGCGGCAUCGAGGACGCCUGCAUGCGGCUCCCUCUCGGCGCAGCGGCGCGGCGGCGGCGAGGAGGACGCCGCCACGCAGCUGUCGAUGCACGGGCGCCAGGCCGUCGCGCUCGCCCAGUGCGGCGACCCCCUAUCUACCGCGGUGUCUAAGCUGGCGCUGGACUCGUCCGCGGCCAGCCUCGGCGUGCUGGUGUUCCGCCCCUGGGCGAUCGACCUCAUGCGCAUCCGGCUCGACAGCGGCGAGCCGACGCCGGGCGCGCCGGCCGACGCGUACGACCGCGUCGUCGCAGAUCUCCAUCUGACAGAGCGGCAGCAAGCCGCGUUCCUGGCGCUGCGGCGGUGGUGGGAGCGCAACCUCGCGCAGAUCAACGCGCGGCGCCGGGAGCUGGCGCUCGAGGCGCUCAAAGCGCCCGAGGAUGUCGCGCUGCAGUCCGAGGUUGCGGAUGAUCUGGAGCAGGCCGCGCGCAUGUAA